AUGAAGAUGUAUUAUCUAAAAAUGUUAUUGUUUACCUUUUUAAUAAAUACAUUAAUAUUACCACAUUAUGAGAAUUAUCUAAAUAAUGAUUAUAAUGUAAGUUUCAUUCAAAACAACACCAAAAGAACAACGAUAAAAUCAAGACUCUUAGCACAAACCCAAAUCCAUAAUCCGCAUUAUCAUAAUGAUCCAGAACUCAAAGAAAUAAUUGAUAAAAUGAACGAGGAAGCAAUCAAAAAAUAUCAACAAACUCAUGAUCCAUAUGAACAAUUGAAAGAAGUAGUAGAAAAAAAUGGAACAAAAUAUUCAGGUGGUAAUGAUGCAGAACCUAUAUCAACGCUAGAAAAAGAAUUAUUGGAAACAUAUGAAGAAAUUUUUGGUAACGAAAGUGAUAUGUUGAAGUCGGGCAUGAGUCCAAAUGUUGAUGAAAAAUCUUCAACAUUUGAAUGUACUGAUAUUAAUGGAGUGAAGUUAGCAAAAACAAAAGGAAGAGAUAAGUAUUUAAAACACUUAAAAGGGAGAUGUACCCGUGGUAUAUAUUUUUGCUCACUUGGUAGUGUAAUCUUAACAUAUAUAGGUACGACCGCUGCAAAAGGUGCUGCUAUUUCUACCGCGGGUGCUGGGUCUAAGAACUGUAUAUACGCUAUAUCUAUAUUUCAUAUGCUUAAUCAUAAAUCUAUGUCUUCAGCUCUUACAGCAUUAGGUACAGUAGGUUGUGCUGCUGAUUACGCAUCAGGUGCAACUUCUGCUAGUGCAAUUUUUCUGCCUUGUGGUAUUGCAGCUUUGGUUCUGCUUAUAUUAACUGUUCUACUUAUAAUAUUAUAUAUAUGGUUAUAUAGAAGAAGAAAAAGAUCAUGGAAACAUGAAUGCAAGAAACAUUUAUGUAAGUAA